AUGACCGUGUUUUCUGAUACCUACACAAAAAAUUUUUCAGUCCACGUUUUCAGUUCAAGUCUCAGUCUUAGUUCCCAGUUCUCAGUUCCCAGUUCUCAGUUCUUCUUAGUCAGUCUUAGUUCAGUCUUCAGCAGUCCAGGUCUUAGUCUAGUCAACAGUUUUAGUCUAGUCCAGGCUUCGUCUUCGUCUUCAUUCGUCCUCGUCAGUCUAUUGAUUCAUCUAAAUUGUAAAGAGAUUAAGUUCUUUGACCUAAAUAAAGGACUACCUAACGUAUGUUCUGUGAUCGGAGUAAAUGGGCCUCUCCAGUCCUUGAUCUGAUCUGUAGACCUACCAGUACGUUUAGGACUCGCCAGGGCGUGAGUAAACAAUUUUGUUGCGUCCGUCCUCUUCCAGGACGUAACAAAAAACAAUGCUGUAUUUGGUAGCCUGUAAUUUGAUUAGCUCGUGAUUAGCAAGACGUCAAACGCUUCGGAAUAGUUUAGAGAUACUAUCGUAGGGAGAGGGGCAGACUCUAAUGUAAGAAGGACAUAGUCCGAAAUGCAGAAAACAUGUGGUCGUGCUAUGAAAUGUAUGCAAGUUUUUUUGGAAUAUAAAUAAAAAACAUUUAUUUUUAUUGACAAGUUUAUCUUGUUUUCACAUUUCACAUAUACGUGGG